ACUGGCCACAAGGGGGCGCUUACGCUUGCACACGAACACUAAACGGCACUGUGGUGAAACAAACAUGGCGCCGUCCAGGGAUCGCAACGUGAAAAAAGGCGACGCAGGAGAAAACAGUCAAAUUUCAUAUAAGAAAGCCAUAAACACUAAAUCAGAGCGUGUACUUCAAAACAGGAAACAUGCCAACGACAUAUUCGACGUCAUUGAGUAUUUGGAAUCAGAUAAAGAGAAAGAAAUCAUUUGCGCCACCAAUGCCUGCAGUAAGAUCUUUUGUGAGUUGUUGGACAGAGGAGAGCUGUAUGUCGGUCAGCUGCCUACAGAAGAUGACCUGAUGCAUGGUGGUCGCAGUGCUGACGAAAAGUAUCACAUGUUUAUGAGACACAGAUACAACAAUUGUGUGGAACUUCUGCUUGAGAAUAUGGGUCACAAUGAUUUCCAGGUGAAGGAGAGUUCCCUUUGUGCAAUAAUGAAAUUUGUAGCUGCGGAGGGCAAACAUCCUCUUCAGAACCUGGACUGGAGUGAACAUUACAGCUUUCCCAGAGAGCUCAUACUGGCUUUGGUGGAGCAUCUUCUCUCAGAGAAAGAGGACAUGGCCCUCCUCAUUUCCAGGUUUCAGGAAUUUCUGGAGAUGGAUGAUGUGCGGUAUUACGUCAUGAGUUCAGUACGAGACAACAUUACCAGAGUCAUGGAAAGAAACAAAGGGGCUGUGGUUCCGAUCUAUCAAAACAAUGUUUUCACCCUCCUCUCAUCCAUCAACAUUCCAAGUCAAGCCACAGAGAUGACCAACUUCCUUGUUAAACAAGAGACAAAACAUGAAGACUGGAAAGCUGCCAGAUUAAAGGAGCACAAGAGAGCCUAUGAACAAAUGUGGCUGGUGUUUCUUAAGUACAAGUUACCUGGUAGCAUGUACAAGAAAAUCCUGGUUAUCCUGCAUGAAUCUAUAAUGCCACAGAUGAGUGAUCCUACACUGAUGAUUGAUUUUCUGACCGCCGCCUAUGAUGUUGGCGGAGCGAUCAGUUUGUUGGCUCUGAAUGGCUUAUUUGUCCUCAUACAUGAACACAAUUUAGAUUAUCCAGAUUUUUAUAAGAAGCUGUACAAUCUACUGGAGCCUACGCUUUUCCAUGUUAAAUACAGAGCACGCUUUUUUCAUCUGGCCAACAUCUUCCUCUCUUCAUCACAUCUGCCGGUAUAUCUUGUGGCAGCUUUUGUGAAGCGUCUGGCUCGUCUGGCCCUCACAGCGCCACCUACAGCUCUUCUAAUCCUACUGCCUUUCAUCUGCAACCUCAUUCGUCGGCAUCCCUCAUGCAGAGUCCUCAUUCACAGACCGAGCGCAGCUGAAGAGCCAUGUGAUGACCCAUACGUGAUGGAGGAAGAGGAUCCAGCUCAGUGUCAUGCUCUGGAGAGCAGCCUAUGGGAGAUCCAGACGCUGCAGAAGCAUUAUCAUCCAGAUGUGGCAAAGGCUGCUAUGGUUAUAAAUGAGCCACUUCCAGAGGCCGAGGAUGACAUUAGUAAACUGCUGGAACUGUCUACAUUUGAGCUAAUGGAGAGAGAACUGAAGGCUAAACAGAAGACCGUGCCACUAGAGUUCGACACGGCCACAGAGCUCCUGAAGAGUUCACGAGAAGUUCUCGGCGUGCACUUUUCUCUAGACUAACCACCUGUUUUGCAUAUCAUUUUUAUGUUCAUUUUAUUUUUAUUAUAUAAAAAUAUCUGUGCAUGAGCUUUGGCAGUGCUGUAGCCUUUUUGAAGAAAAUAAACAUUGUUUGCACAUGA